AUGUCCCAUUCAAUACGAAGAUACAAGACCGACAUCAGCGAGCGUAGUGCCGCAAGUCAUAGCGGCGAAUCUCAAGACUCCCAAAGCACAACCCCAACAUCACUCUACAGCAGUCCGAGUCCCUCAUUACGGCAAGCCACAGACCUCUACUGCAAAGAGCAGUACGACAUCUCACCAUGCACAACAUUUUGCGCUCGCUCGUCCACAGAAACAUACUCUUCAACCGUUGAAUCCUUCGAGGAACUCUGCGAAGAGCCCGAAUCUUAUGACCCCGAAUAUGAAGUCCCCGAAUACCGCGACCCCGUCUCGCACAACCUCCGACCUUCCACUCCCUCCGACUUCGCCGAAUUCUUCCCAACCAUGAACCGACUCUGCAUCCGACACGACGACACCACGCACGACGGGAACAUGAACCUGCGAGUCGACACCGAGAGGAGGAGAGGCACGAUCCAGCUCUUCCACCUGAAGAUGAACGACCUCAAGAAACGCGAAUUCUCUCUUCGCCGGUACGAGCGCUCGUCUGGCCGAGAAGUAUGCCAUUCAGCACGCAAAUUCACGACUCCCUCGUCUGAGAAACGUCCUGCUAUGGCAAGGUCCGUAUCCAAUGCAUUGGCCAGUAUCGUGAAGCCGGACUUCAAACGGGCAACUUCGGCACUGUCCUCGCAGAACGCUAAGAAGCCAAUCAAGCGUCAAGACAGCGGCUAUGGAUCGAACUCGGAGGAUGAAUUCGACGAGGACUACUUCCCGAGUCCGAAAUCCAAAUCAGCUAUCCAAAUCCCUUCCAAUACAACAAAACUUGAGUUCAGCAACUACUCACAAGUCCUCGUCAAGCGUCGAGGUGCUAAAUCGUCGAAACGAUACGAGUUCGAGUACUGGGGCCACGACUACACGUGGAAGCGAGUCGUAAAGAAGGACGGCGAUGACAAGGAAGUCAGCUACCACCUUUACCAAAACGAAACUGGCAACGCCAUAGCGCACAUCGUCCCCGAGCUUCGAAGUCGAAGUCAAGUUCGCGAGGAAGAGCGCAACGGCGGCUGGAUUAAGCCCUGCUCAUUAUGGCUUGCGGACAAAAGCGUCAUGGAAGCCGUCACCGACGUUGCAGACGUAAUCAUCGCAACCGGCCUCAUCGCCCUCGUCGACGACAGCAUCAAAUCGCACUUCCACGCCACCCACUCCUCGUCCUCCUCCUCCUCCUUCAACAAUAACAACCGCCCCUCCCUCACACGCACACACACCCUCCCCCUCCCCAAACUCGGCCUGGAUCUCGAAUACGUCGGUCCCCGCGCGCUGGUCGAACAUAUGUUCAAGCGGAGAAAUAGCGGUGGUUCGAAUAAAGACCGCGAUGCGAGGCCGAACCCGAGCCCGUUGAGGGCGAAUGCUGUUACGGCGUAUUAG